AUGGCAUCCACGUCGUGUACAGAUCCGAUUAAUAAUCUUAAAACUCCACCUAUAAAAUUUAAAACUCCCUGUAUUGUGAUACAUUCAACUACUAUCAGUGAUCAAACAGAACGUAGUUCCCAAUCUUCGUCUUCAUGUUGGUCGAAAGGAGAAAAUUCAUCAACUUAUUCAGAAGUUGUUAAAAAUGGUGUGGUAUCAAAUAAUAAAAGUAUGAAUGAAUGGUUGGAAAAAGAAAUACAAGAUAAACUUGAACAAUCAAACGGCAACAUAAUAAGACAAUUAAGACGUAACAUAAUUAAAGAAUCGAAUACUGACACCGAUAUUGAAAAAAGUAAGGAUACGAUUAUUUCAGAUUAUCCUAAUUAUGAAAAAUUACAGUUAAUGCCAGAAAACGAAUCGAAGAAUGAAUCAGACUGUGUAAUAUAUGACGAAAAAAAAGUAAGACUUUCUCGAUCUAGAAGAAAACAGGAAGUUGAUAGUAAUGAUUCUAAAAAAAUUGUCAUUGAAUCAAACGAUUCAAUUAAAAAUAACGACACAUACCCAGAAAUAAUAUCUAUGCCAUUUAACAUGUCAAAUCCCCAAAAAUUUAACUUUUCCAAUCAUUCAAAAAAAGUACAUUCAAAUAGUUGUGUUGAACUUGAUGAACAACUCAAAGGUAUUUUUUGGUCAGCUGAUCAUUUGUGCUCUCGUGGCCGUUUAUUUACAGAUCGUCCGCGUUCUAAAUCGGAUACUCGUGAUCUUAAUAAACUCAAACAAAAUUUGGAAUCUAAACUGCAAGUAUUGUUCAAUGAGAGUAUUGCACCAAUCGAAUUAUCACUUAAGUCAUAUGAAACUUUCGAAGAGGGCAGAAUUGCUUUAGAAGAAUUAAAGUCUACCAAAAAUGUAAUUACAGACUUGAUUGAUAAAAGUAAUUCACCUGAUCAAGUUCCGAUUCAACUUUUACAUGAAAAACAAAGCAAGCAAAUUGACGAAAAAAUUAUUUCUAGUGACGUUGAUAACCUUCUGAGUGAUUACGGAAAUGUGCUUUUAACUUUAACAAAUAAUUAUGGAUUGUCUGAAAAGAAUUCAAAUAUCAAAGUUGAUAGCACGAUUCUUCNUUCAAAUAUCAAAGUUGAUAGCACGAUUCUUCCCACUGAUAUAAGUAGCUUGAAUGCACCUAGUGUAUUUGUACCUAUUAGAAAGUAUGUAGAAUCAAACAAAGGUAUUAAUAUCGAAAAUGACGAUAAUAAGGUUCAAUUGGUUAACUUCAGAAGAUUAGAUAGUCAAAGUUCAUAUCUAUGUGGUUCUAAAGAGCUAGCUCUUAAUGAAAAUAAUAAUCAUGGUGAAAGCUCGCUAUUGAACAAUGUCAAUUUACGAGUUGCAAAUAUCCUUCAAACAAAUGAAAUGGGUGAACCUAUGAAAGAAACAUCACAAAAUUUAAUUAAAAAAAAUGUUCAUAAUAAUAAACAGCAAAUUGAAGAAAAAGAUGACCUAUUAUAUACGCGUAGAAAGAUUUAUAACAGAGAUUUUGAAAUAAAUAAGUUUAAAGUAAGCAGGACAAGAAAAAUAAUACGAAAAAUAUAUAUAGAAGAUGGAAAAGAAACAAUAGUUGAAGAAGUCGUAGAUGAUGAUCCAUAUAAUGAAAAUUCAGAACAAAUAGAAAGAAAAAUUGACAAUCAAUCAUAUAAAAAAUCAUUUGAUGUUAUAGACAGUCCAAGUAUAGUGAAUAAAUCCACAGAAACAAUAAAAAAUAAUUCACAAUCAACCAUUGUUAGUAAAACUCGAACUGUGAAAAAAAUCAUUAUUAACGGAAAAGAACAUAUUAUUGAAAAUGAAAUGACAGAUUUUGAAUCUGGUGGCCAAAAUGAAAGUAUAGAAUAUAAUNAUAGUGACAUAAAAUCAUUACAAAAAAUAAAAACUAAAAGUAAAUUCAAUGAAAAUGAAAUUAAUACUUAUAAUAAACUCGUAUCUGGAAGUGAAAAAGGGAUGAGCAUACUAGGUAGAGAAAUUAAACGUGACACUACAAUUCAAUUACCACUUAUCAUUCCAAGAAAGUUCAAAGAGAAAAGUCAAGUAAAAAGUGACUUGCCAUUUGUAAAGAGUGAAACAAAUUAUGAAAAACACUCUAUGCCACAUAAUAACAUAGAUAUCACUAAUAUAAAUGAAAAAUCAAUGGAAAAAAAAUAUUCUGAAUCUUAUUUAAAAAAAGAGCAGAAAAUAAACAAUAAUUUUGAAUCAACAAGUUUUAAUACGCAAAAAAUAAUACCAUCCGGAAGAAAUGAAUCAUUUAGAAACGAAUUUAUUGUAAAAGGAUUAUUAAAUUUAAAUAACCAAGGUGGUAUUGCACAAACUGAAAAUAGUUACAUUGAAUAUACUGAACAAAAAAAUGCACCACAUAUAAAAAAACCAACUUUACAAAUUAAUAAUAAAAAAAUAAAAGAAAAACCACAAAACUUAGAAAUAGAUGACACCAGAAAACCUAUACCAAAAGUUAGAAAGUCCAAGGAAACAGACGAAAAUAUUAUUAAAAGUAUAUCAGAUUGUGAAAUGAAAGAAAAAACUAAAGAAGGCAAAAACUUCUCUGACGAAAUUACAUAUCAAAAAAAAAUAAAACGAAACAUACAAUUAAAGAAAGAAAAACCACAAUCAUUGUUAACAAAACUAAUGGGAAAAAGCAAAAACCUUAAUAAACAUGAAUUCAAAACAACAAAACAGGAAUUCUUCAAAACAGAUAAAGACAAGCAAGAUAUAGCUCAAAAAAUAGAAUUAGGAUCGCCACCAACACCCAAACCAAGAAAAAUAAAAGAUAUUCAAAUUACAAACAAUAGAAACAAACAUAAAAACCCUAAAGCCAUUGAUGUAACGAAAAUAACUAACGUACAAUUACCCAAUAUAGAACAUAUGGAGAUAUAUAAUAGUAGUUACAGAGAGUAUGGAAAACCAGAUAUACCGAAUAACUCUCUUCCAAAAAUCACCCAAAAUGAUCCGAAACUAAUAAAUAAAAUGUAUGUAAAAACAAUAAAUGCCGUUGUUGAAAUACCGGGCUCCGAUAUAAAAAAGACUGAAAAUCCCAGUCAAUUUGACGUUAUAUUACCAGAAGUUAAACAAACGUCGGACAAUAAAACAGCGCUUAUCAGAAGAGACAAUGUACACAGAAAAUUGCAAGGUGUUGAAUUGCCAUAUGUAGACGUAAAAAUAUUAGACGAACAAAAACCAAUAAUUUAUAUGGACAAAUCUAAAUCGAAAACAUUCAUAAGUAGAUUCAUAGGGCAAACUAAAAAAAGCAGUGAAGAAAAAUUUCCAGAAAAUGAUAUAGUACCUGAAGUUGAUAUAAAAGCAGAAAUAUCACAAUUUUUGGAAAAGGAAAGAAAUAUCUAUGAAGACUCAAAAACAAUAGAUGAAAAACACGCAAAAGACAUCCUAGAUGAGGAUAUAAUAAAAGCCAGACUGAUCGACGAAACAUUACCCGAGGUUGAACAACAAUCACUCAAUAUAAAAUCUCCCAUAGGAGAAGGCAAAUUAACUGCGAAAUUGCCAGAUGUUGAAUUGCAAUCAGUAAACGUCAAAUUAUAUGAUGUUGAACUACCAUCACUAAAUGUAAAAUCUCCCAAAGGAGAAAGCAAAUUAACUGCGAAAUUGCCAGAGGUUCCAUUGCCAUCAGUAGACGUCAAAUUACCUGACAUUGAACAACUAUCACUAAAUGUAAAAUCUCCUAAUGUAGAAGGCAAAGUAGACAUUGCCAUACCUGAGGUUGAUUUGCCAACCGUGAAUGUAAAACCUCCUAAAAGAAAAAGCAAACAAGCUGACAAAAGCCAAAAGGAUGGAUUUAUUUCUGUAGACUUGGAAACAAAAGAAGUGCAAACGUCGAAUGUGGAUAUUGGCACAAAGAAAUCGACGUCAUUUAUCGGAAAAUUAAUAGGUAAAACAAAAAAAGGUGUAGUAGGUAAAUUUCCGGAAAAUGACUUAGUGUCCAAGCCAGAAUUAUCUAUAUUUAUUGAAAAGGAGAAAGAGUCCUUCGAAGGCCUAAAGGCACAAGAUGUACAAAUUCCGAAUGUAGAAUUACCUGAAUUGGACAUUAAAAUGACCCGUAAGGACAUAAGUUUAUCAGACGUUGAAAUGCAAUCAAUAGACGUUAAAUUGCCGAACGUUGAAGUUGCAUCGCUAAAUGUAAAAUCUCCUAAAGUAAACGACAAAGUAAACAUAACGAUACCGGAUGUUGAACUACCAUCACUAAAUGUAAAAUCUCCCAAAAAGGAAGUCAAAUUAACUGCGAAAUUGCCAGAGGUUACAUUGCCAUCAGUUGACGUCAUACUACCUGACGUUGAACUACCAUCACUAAAUGUAAAAUCUCCUAAAGUAGACGGCAAAUUAACUGCGAAAUUGUCAGAUGUUGAAUUGCAAUCAGUAGACGUCAAAUUACCUGACGUUGAACUACCUUCACUAAAUGUAACAUCUCCUAAAAUAGACGGCAAAGUAGACAUUACGAUAUCGGAUAUUAAACUACCAUCACUUAAUGUAAAAUCUCCCAAAGGAGAAGGCAAAUUAACUGCGAAAUUGCCAGAGGUUACAUUGCCAUCAGUAGAAGUCAAACUACCUGACGUUGAAAUACCAUCUCUAAAUGUAAAAUCUCCUAAAGUAGACUGCAAAGUAGACAUUACGAUACCGGAUGUUGAACUACCAUCACUAAAUGUAAAAUCUCCCAAAAAAGAAGGCAAAUUAACUGCGAAAUUGCCAGAGGUUACAUUGCCAUCAGUAGACGUCAAACUACCUGACGUUGAACUACCAUCACUAAAUGUAAAAUCUCCUAAAGUAGACUGCAAAGUAGACAUUACGAUACCGGAUGUUGAACUACCAUCACUAAAUGUAAAAUCUCCUAAAGUAGACGGCAAAGUAGACAUUACGAUACCGGAUGUUGAACUACCAUCACUAAAUGUAAAAUCUCCCAAAAGAGAAGGCAAAUUAACUGCGAAAUUGCCAGAUGUUGAAUUGCAAUCAGUAGACGUCAAACUACCUGAUGUUGAACUACCAUCACUAAAUGUAAAAUCUCCUAAAGUAGACGGCAAAGUAGACAUUACGAUACCGGAUGUUGAACUACCAUCACUAAAUGUAAAAUCUCCUAAAGUAGACGGCAAAGUAGACAUUACGAUACCGGAUGUUGAACUACCAUCACUAAAUGUAAAAUCUCCCAAAAGAGAAGGCAAAUUAACUGCGAAAUUGCCAGAGGUUACAUUGCCAUCAGUAGACGUCAAACUACCUGACGUUGAACUACCAUCACUAAAUUUAAAAUCUCCCAAAGGAGAAAGCAAAUUAACUGCGAAAAUGCCAGAGGUUACAUUGCCAUCAGUUGACGUCAAAUUACCUGACGUUGAACUACCAUCACUAAAUGUAAAAUCUCCUAAAGUAGACGGCAAAUUAACUGCGAAAUUGCCUGAUGUUGAAUUGCAAUCAGUAGACGUCAAACUACCUGACGUUGAACUACCAUCAUUAAAUGUAAAAUCUCCUAAAUCUGAUGGCAUAGUCGAUAUUACGAUAUCGGAGGUCGAAUUACCAACAGUGAGCGUAAAAAUUCGUAAAGGACAAGGCAAGCUAACUGCAAAAUUGCCAUCAAAAGACGUCAAAUUACCAAAUGUUGAACUACCAUCACUAAAUGUAAAAUCUCCCAAAGGAGAAGGCAAGUCAUUUAUUGGAAAACUUAUAGGUAAAUCAAAAAAAGGUGUAGUAGGUAAAUUUCCGGAAAAAGACUUAGUGUCCAAGACAGAAUUAUCAAUAUUUUUGGAAAAUGAGAGAGAAUCAUUCGAAGGCCUUAAGGCACAAGAUGUACAAAUUCCGAAUAUAGAAUUACCUGAAUUGGACAUUAUAAUUACCCGUAAAGACAUAAGUUUACCAGAUGUUGAAUUGCAAUCAGUAGACGUCAAAUUACCGGACGUUGAACUACCAUCACUAAAUGUAAAAUCUCCUAAAGUAGACGGCAAAGUAGACAUUACGAUACCGGAUGUUGAACUACCAUCACUAAAUGUAAAAUAUCCCAAAAGAGAAGGCAAAUUAACUGCGAAAUUGCCAGAUGUUACAUUGCCAUCAGUAGACGUCAAACUACCUGACGUUGAACUACCAUCACUAAAUGUAAAAUCUCCCAAAGGAAAAGGCAAAUUAACUGCCAAAGUGCCAGAGGUUACAUUGCCAUCAAUAGACGUCAAACUACCUGACGUUGAACUACCAUCACUAAAUUUAAAAUCUCCUAAAGGAUUAGGCAAAUUAACUGCGAAAAUGCCAGAGGUUACAUUGCCAUCAGUAGAAGUCAAACUACCUGACGUUGAACUACCAUCACUAAAUUUAAAAUCUCCCAAAGGAGAAGGCAAAUUAACUGCGAAAAUGCCAGAGGUUACAUUGCCAUCAGUAGACGUCAAAUUACCUGACGUUGAACUACCAUCACUAAAUUUAAAAUCUCCCAAAGGAGAAGGCAAAUUAACUGCCAAAGUGCCAGAAGUUACAUUGCCAUCAGUAGACGUCAAACUACCUGACGUUGAACUACCAUCACUAAAUUUAAAAUCUCCCAAAGGAGAAGUUUUAGAUGAGAGAGGUGCACAACGUAAAAAAAUUUUUAACUGA